AUGCCGGCAAUCGUGCCGCCCGCCACCGAGGACCCGGAGUUGAAAACCCCGGCAGACAUGGUGGACAGCGACCAGGACGCCGAAGGGGAGGAGGAAACAGACCUGUAUCAAAUGGACCAGCAGCUCCAGGACGCCGUGCACCGUGCCUUUUCCGGCGAGGCUGCCGAAGAGGCGGCGACUGGGGACCCUGGGGAAGACCAGGAUGCAGAGGGGGAGCCAGAUACCGAGAUGAACUUGGACGGCGACCAGAACGAUACCGAGCCGGUGGGCGCGGUGAAAUUGCCUAAUAACGCGCCCUCGGUCGAUGACGAAGACGCUGCGGAUGCCGAGCCGGCCUUUGAAAAUCAGAGUGAUAGCGACCACGGGGCUUCGUCCAGCAGCCAGGAAUCGGACGAUGAGUGGGAGGGGGAAAGCAAUGACCAUGAAGAUGCGGAGGUGGAGAACCUGGUCCGCGGCAACUGCAUAUUCUGUGGGCAAGACGAGGAUAAUGACCCCAGCGAGGAGUACGAGGAGUAUUUGGCCUGCGCCGUCUGCGGCGAUCAAGACGCCCAUCCCUGGCGAUGUCCGACCUGUGUCCGCGAGAAGUUGAACCACAGCUCGGAGGGGCCAGCUUCUCGGCGGAAAAACAGAGAGAAAAACAUGAGCAAGGAGCUCUUACCCGCCCACACGGGGGAGGAUGGCUCCAACUUUCAUUCCAUCUUCAACACCGUGACGGUGAAUGAGGAUCUAUUGAAUAGCUCCCGGGCGCUGCGCAAGAGAAAGACCCUGUCCCUCUCCGCCGAGGUCGACGAGCACACCCCGGUCCUUCGGAAACGCCAAAGACAAACCCCGCUGCGCUUCGACCGCGCCAACUCCCGCGACCAAAUGGCCGAGCCCGUCGAUGGCUUGUCCCCCGUACGAACUCGUUCGCGACGCACGCGGAGGAACGAGCAGGAAAACUGCCGCGUGGUGUUGAAGCAGUUCGAGCGGCUGGUGCUGGCCUUCCGCCUCAACGAGUCCAAGAUGUCGAAGAUAUUCAACAAUCAUACUCGCAGCAGGUCGCAGAACAGAAGCCGGAGAACCCCCAAGCCGCCGCCGGUUGCGCACGAGCCCCAGGCCCAUUUUGCACCAAUAACACCUGCCUCUUACUACAACCCGUUUUCUUCCUUCAGCGACCGUGAGAUGGACGAAUCCAAGGGGAAGCCGUAUGGCGGCAUCCUGACCGAAACGGACGCGGACACCUCCAAGACUCUGCCGACUCACCUCGAUCGCGAGAGGUUCGAGAAGGCCCGCCAAAAGGCCGAAGAGGAGUGGCAACGACGAGUCAUGGAGACCGAGGGCACCGGGGAAACGGUGCAGCACGCAUCGCAGAAGGUCUCUGGCCCCCCAUCCCGAAUCAAAUACAUCAACUUUGGCGGCUACGAGAUCGAGACCUGGUACGCCGCCCCGUAUCCCGAAGAAUACAGCCGCAACCGGGUCCUCUACAUAUGCGAGUUCUGCCUGAAAUACAUGAACUCGGACUACGUGGCGUGGCGGCACAAGCUCAAAUGCCCGGCCAAACACCCGCCCGGCGACGAGAUCUACCGCGAAGGGUCGAUCUCCAUCUUCGAAGUCGACGGGCGCAAGAACCCCGUCUACUGCCAGAACCUGUGCUUGCUCGCCAAGCUGUUCCUGGGCUCCAAAACCCUCUACUACGACGUCGAGCCGUUCUUAUUCUAUGUAAUGACCGAGUUCGAUGAUCUGGGCUGUCAUUUUGUCGGCUAUUUCAGCAAAGAAAAGCGCCCCAGCUCCGCAAACAAUGUUUCCUGCAUCCUCACCCUCCCUAUCCACCAACGAAAAGGUUACGGAAACCUCCUCAUUGACUUUUCGUACCUGCUCACGCGCAUCGAAGGCAAGACGGGCUCACCCGAGAAGCCUCUGUCGGACAUGGGCUUGGUCUCGUAUCGAAACUACUGGCGACUUAUUUUAUCCUACCAAUUACGGGACCAGAAAUCGCCCCUCAGUAUCUCGGAGCUUUCGGAGCGGACGGGCAUGACCGCCGAUGAUAUUGUCUCCGGUCUGGAGGCGUUGCGUGCCCUCGUCCGCGACCCGGUGACAAAGGCGUAUGCCCUGCGCCUUGAUUUCAGGUAUUUCGAAGAGUGCAUCGGCAGCUGGGAAAGCAAAGGAUACGUUCAGCUCAACCCCGAUGCACUGGUGUGGACGCCUUACAUCAUGGGGAGGAGCAAUCAGUCGCAAUUUGAUCGAGCCCCGUUACACGCCGUGGCACCUCGAGAGGGCUUGGAGGAUGAAGAAAGCGAAGAUGUGAAGGAGUCGGGGAACGAGGACGAAUCAUCUGCGGAUGUUGGCGACACCAAGGGAAAUGGCACAGAUCCGCUCACCAAUGGCACCGGCGACGAUAACCCCGAUCGACUUGCGACUGAGCCUGCUGGACCUCCUUCUACUGACAUGCUCUCCAAUGUCAACGGCUUCCGCCAUCCAACCACGUCGGCCAGCUCUACUACGCGCGGUGAAACGAAUCCUUCUAGCAGUAUACCGGCUUGGAGAUUCGAGAUCUACCCUCCUGUGCAGGCGCCUUCGCACAAAAAGCGUGCUCGACCAUUUUCUGGCAAGACACCCCUGAAAAUCACGGGCACGCCGAUGGCUACUCGGACUAGUGGUCGCAACACUCCUCGGCGACCCUCCGUGCUGGGCAUGACACCCACUGCAAACCCGUCGAGUGUUAGACGCGGGCGCAGCGCGAAGCUGAUAGAUUCCCCGGCCGUCGAAUCCGCCAGUGCAGAGCCCGAUGGCAUCGAGAACGGAGAGCUUGACGAUCAGGACGACACACCGGCCGACGGGGAAGAUCUCAUGGACCUGGGAGUGUCGAUCGAUACGGAAGCCAAAACCAACCACACGCCCAACGACGAGGAUUUUCUCACGUCCAACGGCACUACGGAUCCCGAAAACGGGCUACUGGACGAACCCGCGGAGACUCCGGUGGUGGAGCCCGUCACUCCAUCCAAGGGCAAGGCCGUCGACGGGAAAGCCAAGGUCUCCAAAUCGGUCAGCCGCAAAUCCUAUGUCGAGAAGCUGGAGCUGAUGGUGCCGGUCGACGACAGCGCUCUGGCGCCUCAUGAGAACGGCGUCAGCGAUAAGACACGGCUCAACGGCACCGACGCGGACGGCGACGCAGUCAUGGAGGAGACCUGA